UCCAAAGGACAAAAUGGCGGCCACAAGUUUGACGACUUUCAGUUUUGGCGUGAUAAUUUGAAUGUACCAUAUUUUACCAUCAUGUCUGAUGUUAAAUUAAAUAGCCGCAGUUAUAUAAAAAAAGAUCGAGAUAGUUUGAAUGUAUCUCAAAGUACUGCAGUUUCAAGACAGAUUAUUACAACGGAAGUUUUUGACGUUAUACAGUUUAAAUCACUGCCGGAACUUAUUGAAGGGGUUUUGCCUCUGCAGUACGAAAAAGAAAUUAUAGCAAAGAAGGCGCUCAUCAAUGCCGAUAAACAGAGAAAUCUACUGGAAAUACCAGAAGAUAAUCUCAUUGUAAAUAUUCCACGUGAAACACGUACAGAAUAUAGCAGUGUCCCACCAAAUGCUAAUACUGAAGCUCAUGAGUUAUUUGUAAAACAGUGCAUCAAAACUUAUACAUCAGAAUGGCAAAUUAUUGAAAAUAACUGUUCCAAGUACAGUGGAGGCUACCAAUCUUUGCUCAAAGAUUUUGAUCUUUCCCAACUCAAUGAACAAAAGUUUGAAAUUGAUCUUGAAUUGGAAGAAGGAUUCAAAGUUUUGGACUUAUACGCUUCACCUCAAAAAGAAACUGGCUUGACCAAAAGUGGCUAUUUGCACAAAGCUCCAUUUCACAGUGAAAGUGAUGAUUUUAUUACAGGAAAGACUUUUAAGCGACGAUGGUUUGUGUUAAAAGAAAUUUCCAAUGAUGGUUCCUACAUACUUGAGUAUCGAAAGGAUGAUAAUGAAAAUUCAACUGCAAAAGGAUCUAUAUAUUUGGAUGCCUGUACAGAAAUCAAGCGGGGUGUACGUGGUAAAUCGCAUGGCUUUGAAAUACGUAUUCAGGACAAAAUUUACAGUUUGGUCGCUGACUCGCAGUCAGAAAUGGAAUCCUGGCUCGUUGUUUUGUGUAAAGUAACUGGUGUUGAUAUGACGAGUGGAAAAUCAAAAUCUAGUUCAUCCGGUGGCUGGUUUAGUGGGAAAAAUUGUGUUUUAAAAAGUACAAAUUUUCGCGAAAGUUUAAAACAGAGCAAGCAUCCCGAACUUAUGGAGUUUGCUCGUGAAACAGACCAAAUGAAUGCAGAAAAGCGACGAGAAGGAAGAAAUAAAAUAUUUUUACUAAGUUCAAUGCCAGAUAGUAGAAAUGAAGAAACAAAGUCAGCAAAAAUACCCCAAGAAAGAUUUGGUAAAAGAUUUUUAGUGCAUUGUAAUGACCUUAGAUUUCGUUUAUGUCAAAAACCUGAGGAUCCAUUAUCUGGGAAUAUUGAACCAUUUUUCAUAACACUAGCUCUUUUUGAUAUGAAGGAAAACAAAAAAAUAUCUGAAGAUUUUCAUUGUGACGUCAAUGAAGAAAGUGUUGCAAAAAUGUUACCUUUACAAGAAAACUCUGAAAAUGAACGUCACUUCACUUUCCCAAAGAAAGCAAUUUUUUCCGUGACAUUUCCGCAUCCUGAUGUUUAUCUUGUUUUGAGAAUUGAGAAAGUUCUUCAAGGCGGAAUAACAAGUUGCUGUGAACCAUACAUGAAGUCUGGUGAAGCUUUAAAGAAAGGAGCUAUGAAGGCUUAUAAAAAUGCUGAAAUUGCUUGUCAAACAUUGGGGAAGUAUCGUAUGCCGUUUGCCCUUGCUACAAGACCUCUAUUUAAGAAUGAUGAGGGUGAUUUAGAUAACAGUAAUAAAUGGUCACUAGUUUACAAGCAGGACAGUGGAAAGCUUAGUGAUGAAGAUUUGUUUAAGUUAUUGGAAGAUAUGACUGGAAAAGAAAGAUAUAAGCAACAAACUAUCUCUGCAGAGAUCGAGAUUGAAGUCAAGUCGCUACCGUCUGGGAUAGAGAACAUCAUGACGUCAUCAUUGCUACCUGUACGUCCAUUUGAUGCUACUAUGAAGAUUCAGCCCACCAUUGAAAUUCAAGAAUUUAUUCCGCCUUUUCCUGAAGCUGUUGACCCGCAUGUUGUGUAUAAAAACAAUUUUUACCUUUAUCCUUUGUCAUUAAAUUUCAACAAUCAAAAAGAUUAUGCCAAGGCUCGAAAUAUUGCCAUAACUGUGGAAUUCAAGGAAGAUGACUGUUUAAAUUCUGCGCCAUUAAAGUGUAUUUAUAAUCGAAGUGGUAACGUUGCUCCUUCGUUUACAACAACAACGAAUACAACAGUUCUUCAUCAUUGCACGAAUCCUACGUUUUAUGACGAGAUAAAGAUUUGUCUUCCAGUUCACAUUCACGAAAAACAUCAUUUGUUUUUCAAAUUUUAUCACAUAAGUUGUGAGCAGAAGAAAACUAGUAAUGUUGGUCAUACAACGUCAAUCAAAGGAAAACCUGACGUUGAAACUGAAGUUGGUUAUGCUUGGCUUCCAUUGUUGAAAGAGAAAAGGAUCAUACAUUCAGAAUCCAAUAUAUCUGUUUCAACAUCAGCUCCAGAUGGGUAUUUACAGUCGCGUUUCGGUGGACUAGGCAAGAGUAUUGGACCAGAUGUAAAAUGGUUGGACGGAGGGAAGCCUUUGUUAAAAGUAGUUACCAAAGUCGUUUCUACUGUCCAUACAAAGGAUGUACGUAUCGAUAAUCUUUUUCGUCAUUUACAAAACUCUGAUGGAUCUUCAGCUAGUGAGAGGGAAACUUCAACUCUUCUGAAGCUCCUUUUUGAUGCUGACAACAGUGUAAUAAUUGAAUAUCUUCCCACAAUACUCAAUCAACUAUUUUGUAUAUUAAUUGUGGCAAAAUUAAGUGACGUAGUCAAGGAAACUGUGAGAGUAUUGAUUCGUUUUGUUUCUCAACUUCAUGAAGUUCGUCGUAAUGAUGUACUUCGCUCGUUUGUUAAGUAUUCAUUCAAAACUGAUCAAUUUUUGGAUUACAGCAAAACUGUUCAUGAGGAAUUGACUAAGGGUUUGUUAGACUUUUUGAAACCUGGAGCUGAUCCUUCGAUAACGUCAAGUUUUUUGAAGCAUGCCUGGUGGUUUUUUCAUGUGAUUCUAAAGAGUAUGGGAGGACACUUGAUCCGUUAUGGAAAACUGCAGAGUAAUCGAGAAGAAAGAUAUAACAAAGAGUUUUAUGAAAGUCUUGAACACCUUCUACAACUGUUUGUUCCACAAAUCGUACGACGCCUAAAAGAAGAGGCUUCUGUUGCUAAAGAUGCCAACAUGCACAUGGCUUAUUUUGUUAAGGGAUGUUUUACUUAUCUUGAUCGUGGUUUUGUUUUCCAAAUGAUUUGUUAUUACAACGAACAAUUUAAAGAUGCCGAUACACAGAUGAUGGAAUUUAGAUUUGAAUUUCUAAGGAUUAUUUGUCAGCAUGAGCAUUACAUAGCGUUGAAUUUGCCGUUUAACUGUCGUGCUUCUGGAGAAAUGUAUGAUUACGAACUUUCUGAUAAUUAUUGUAAGAAACACUUCUUAAGUGGACUGCUUCUACGUCAGGUAAAUCAAGCUCUUGCCGUGGGAAAAUAUAUUCGUAAAAUUGCGAUUUGUACUGUCCGUGAUAUUUUGAUAAAGCAUGAGAUGGAUGAUAGAUAUUCUGGAAAGGAACGACAAUCACGUAUCGCUACACUUUAUCUACCGUUCUUGACUAUAAUCCUAGAGCAUGCUGGGAGAUUUCCCGGCAGUCAUAAUGUCGAUAGGACUUGGUCUUCAUCACAGACAAUGUUAGUUGGUAGUGAUCAAAUUACGGAGACUGGUACCGACUAUCCUCCAUCACGGAAGAUGACUGCAGCUUCGCUAACCGAAUCUGCAAACAAAAUAAACGUUCAAGUUCCUUUUGAUGAGGAUGAGACGAAAAAUUUGAUUUUAUGUGUCAUGUAUAUUUUGAAAAAUUUAGAGCAAGCAAUUGUCCUUGACUGGCUCAGGCAAAUUUCUACUUCAAAUUUCAAGAUAAAAUCUUGGAAUAUGCAUAAUAGCUUUGUCUCAACGCAGCAAGAAAAGAUGCUCAGCAAAUUUGCGUUUGUCAUUGAUUUUUUUGAUCUUUUGCUAUUGAGUCUCAAACAUUUUGAAUAUGCAGGCAGAGCCAGUUUCAUGACUUCAAGUCAACCCAAACAAUCAGUGAAAACGUAUUUAGAACAGAAAUAUCACGAAAAUAUUCGACCUACGCGCGCAUCAUUAAAGAGUCAAUCUCAGGCAGUACCUUAUGUUAAUUCUCAAAUCAGAAUUUUACUGGAGGGAAAUUUUGUGAACGAACUGGGUUUGAUUGUCCUUGACGUGGUUGAAUUAUUUUCAUCACAUUUUAGGUUUCACUUGGAGAAACACGAAGGGAAUAAUGUUUUAAUGAGCAAGGUGUUUGGUGUUUUACUAACAUUCCUUCAAGUUGGACAAUCAGAAAUGAUGCAAAAACAUGUAUUUGCAAGUCUAAGAUCUUUUAUACACAAAUUUCCAACGGCUUUAUUCAAAGGUGCAGGAGAACAUUGUGGUCUUUUGAUAUUCGAAGUUCUAAGAUGCUGCAGUAGUAAAAUGGAAAUUGUACGCCGUGAGGCUCACUCAUUGUUGUAUUUGCUGAUAAGAAGUAAUUUUGAAUUUUGUGGUGGUUCUGGAUGUAUUCGAGUACAUCUGCAGGUUUUAGUUGCUGUCUCUAAAUUAAUUGCAAUGGGUCAAGAUGGUGCAGCAAUGAGUGAAUCACUAAUAGCUUUAAACAAUUACGUGAAUGGAGAUAAAGCCAAUGUAUCUGCAUCACUGAGCAAAGAAGUGAAAGAUUUAAUAAAAAAAGUUGACACCGUUCUUCAAGCUACAUCUAAAAUGAAGGAACACGGGGACAAUGUUGAGAUGUUGAUUGAUCUACAGUAUAGUCUUGCUAAGUCUUACUCUAGUACACCUGAACUUCGAAAGACUUGGCUCGAAAACAUGGCAAAAAUUCAUGAACAACAUGAAAAUUAUUCAGAGGCUGCCCACAGUUAUAUCCACGCUGCUGCAUUGGUGGCUGAGUAUUUAAAACGAAGAGGUUUGUAUCCUGAAGGAUGUGAAGCAUUUCGUUAUGUCUCUCCAAACAUUGUUCCAGAUGAAAAUGUUAUGAAGAAUGACGAAGGACUGAUAAACGAGCAGAGAUAUUCGACGAAUACUUUGGUGGAGUUGUUGGAGAAAAGUGCAGAUCUCCUAACGAAAGCAGAGCGUUAUGAGGUCACUGGAGAAAUUUAUAAACUUGUUAUACCGGUUUAUGAACAAGACAGAAAUUUUAAGGCAUUAUCUAUUGCCUACAAUAACUUGUCUCAGGCCUACACUAAAGUUGUAGCGGCCAUGGCCUCCAGGAAACGAUUACUAGGAUCUUAUUUUCGAGUGGCAUUCUUCGGAGAAGCGUUUGGCUCAGAUAAUCGCAAGCAGUUUAUAUACAAAGAACCAAAAAUAAAAAGUUUAAGUGAAAUUUCAUCAAGAUUACAACAUCUUUAUAAUACAAAAUUAGGAAAAGAUAAAGUUAAGCUCAUUUUAGAAUCUGGAAAAGUUAACGUCGAGAAUCUAGAAAUCGGAGUUAAUUACAUCCAGAUUACGUAUGUUGAACAAUACUUUGAAGAUGAAGAAAUUGUUGAACGUCCUACUGUGUUUGAAAGAAAUAACAACAUCCGAAGAUUUGCAUUUGAAACACCAUUUACAAAAACUGGAAAGAGUCAUGGAUCACUUGUUGAACAAUUAAAAAGAAAAACUAUACUCACAACAUCGCACAGUUUUCCUUAUGUGAAGACAAGAAUAUUAGUUGUGCAAGAAGAACAAUACGAACUUACACCUAUAGAGGUGGCGAUUGAUGAAAUGCACAAGAAAGUGCAAGAAAUAAAUGAAGUUACAAUUUCCAACCCCCCUGAUAUGAAGAAACUACAGCUGAAGCUUCAGGGAAGCGUUGGUACACAGGUUAAUGCUGGGCCAUUAGCUUACGCUAAAGCCUUUCUCAAUGAAAAUAUCGUCAGGGAUCACCCACCUAAACUUGUAUCAAAACUUAAAGUUGUUUACAGAGAUUUUAUUCGAUGUUGUGGUGCUGCGCUUGAUUUAAAUGACCAACUUAUUCAAGAUGAUCAAAAGAUGUACCAGGAAGACUUAAAAGAUAAAUACAUCUCUAUGAAAAAUGAAUUGGCCUCUUACAUUGACUUGAAAUUAACAUCUUCCUGUGGUAGUUUAUCAUCAAUUGGGUCGUCAAAAGCUUAGAAUAAUUAGUUCAUUUAAUAUGUUAGGUAGCGGCAGAAGUGAACCUGUUGAAUUAUGUAGUUAAUACUUGAUUUCAUCCAAGAAGAUGAUGUGUAAACGUGAUACUUUUCAUAUUUGUUACUAUUUAUUAAAUCUUGUUAGAGUAUGUAAUGUAGUUAGUUAACUUAGGUGAUUUAUUUAAUUGUGUACUUCAUUUUAUUUUAGUUAUUUUUAUUUUAAUUUAAAUGCUGUUGCUAUAUAUGAACUUCGCUAGCUUAAAAAUGUAAUUCUUAUGAUUUGAAUUGAACAUUGAUUUUUGAGAAUUGAAAAGAAAGCAUGAUUUUAA